AUGAUCAAUCUACUGUCGGUUCUGUUUCUCGUGCUGACGGCCGAGGCUGCAUCAUGUAAGUUCGUCUAUCGAAUAAUCAUCUCUUAAGGCACUGAGUGAUUUUAUCUUCUCGCGUCAGAAUGCUUUUAGUUCAUACGAAGCCGUAUGUCCAUUAAAUGACAUAAGUAAUUUAGCCAAGAGGACCUGACAUCAUUUGAACAUCUGUGCUUCACAAUAGGAAUCAUUUUGAAAGAGGAAGUUUAAUUGGAAUUUUAUCCGCUAACGGGUUACCAGCAUCAUAUUUGCGUAACUUAAACGCGUUUGAUUUCCAGACAUUACUACGAAAUGGGUUUCACAAAAAACUGACCGUAUAUGACAGUGAUGCGUUAAAAGUGGGAAGCUCUUCUCGCGUAAUCAGCAUCGGUACACAGUGGGAACCGAUAAAACUCCAUCUGUUCAAUUUUUAUGCUCACUGGUGUUUGAAACAGGCAUACACUGCAGACUUCCUCGGAACUGACAAAUAUGGCACAGUAAGUGGACUAACUCAUGAAAUGUCAACUGAAAUUCCGAAAAUAGUUUUCGUUUCGAAAGGAUUAAUUAAGUAGGAUUGUAAUAUCAACCAUCCUGCAUCGUAAUUGUAUAAUAAAUCCGUUAACUCAGAACGCCGGUUUUCGAAUGAACUUUAUUCCUGCUGCAUACAAAAUGAAUACUCUGUAAAAAACGACCACCUAAGUAGCAUACAUUUUUCUCAUUGAUUUUCGAUGCUCCUAAAGACUCAGUUAUAUUUCAUGUAGAACAUGCAUAAAAAUAUUCAUUGUUUUACUCAUUCGGUAGAAAAUGACGUCUUCUUCUUAACUUCAUACUUUGAGGAAGGGUAUAAUUCGGUCUCCAAAAGUUUAUAAUUGUGAGAUUUUUUAACACCGUGAAAUGGCCUUUCAUAAAACGUUGUGUCUGAAUUUACCAAUAAGGCUCCUAAAGUCAAAAAUAUGGCUCAAAUCCACUGCUAAGUUUUAUGAAACCCCUAUGCUCUCUCUUUAUACCGUAGAGAAAUGUAUAGAUUUCCAUAAGUGAAAAAUAUACGGCUUGUAGUUUGGAAACCCUGAAUACAAAUGUAACGGCGGGUCGGGGUUCAAAAUUAUUCGGGAGGUGGAGAAGUUUUUGAAAACCGAAUUAUACCCUUCCAUCGAGUAUAAAAUUGGAAGAAGACGUCAUUUUCUAUCAAAUGAACAGAAUAAUCAAUACUAACUGCAUGUUUUCCAUGAAAUACAGUUGGAUUUUUAAAGGCAUCGAAAAUAAAUAAGAAAAAUGCAUGCCGCUUAAGUAGUCAUUUUCUACAUAGUGUGGUUUUUGCUUGCGGCCGGGAAGAAGUUUAUUUGAAAGCCGGCAUUCUGAGGUAACUAAUUUAUUAUAGAAUUACGAUGCAUGAUAGUUGAUAUUACAACCCUACUUAAUGAAUCUUUUCGAAACGAAAGCGCAUUUCGGAACUUCAGUUGACAUUUCCUGAGUUAGCCCACCUACUGCAUAUUGUACGUUAGAAUGAAGAUCAGAUGUUAGCACACUUUGAGUGGAACCUGCUUUCGUCAACGUCAAAUACGGAUUUAACCAUAAAUCCCAACACCCGGUAAAACAAAUCUCAUCCUGUUCAUUAUGAGAUGCUGUUUUUGAGAAACCAAGUAGGCCCACAGAUUUAGUCGCUAGGGUGACCUCAAAAAUACUUUCUUCAACUCUAAAUCGUAAUGCCACACCCUAGUGCGGCGGCUGUUGGGGCUCGAGAGAGAAAGUGAGGUAGAGAGUCCCAUGGUACAACGGGGUGAGAGAACGAGCUCCGCGACGCGAUCAGUGAGCGCUCCUCUAUCAAACCCUGGUUCAUUUGCCCACCUCUUAUUAUUGAUUGAAGUUGAUUGGCAGAGUGCCAGAGGGGUACAGAUGUUCUAUCGUGCAUGUACUAAAUUCAUUUGCCAUUUAUGGAAAUAUAUUUUUUUCUGCAUGUAAGGUUCGUGAAACCAGGGAUGGUGGUAGGUUCAGUGGUUACAGGAACCUAUUAUAAUUACCCAAGCAAUGCCUGAUAUUGUUCAAGAGCUCACGACAGUAUUCAGUUUGUCUCAGCUCAUAGCGCAUAAUAAACAAAGGCUUGUUUCAAAUAUGUCCAGGACGCAAUACAUUGCUUGUGGGGCAGGAGGACUAUGUCUACUUGGUAAAAGGCCUUAGACACUAGGUAUGAGAAAUGAUUCCUACUUUUAUCAAACACCAGCUGUCCUUAGAAUUCCAGAUUUUUGGAGAACUUCGGUAGGUAGGUGCGCGCCAAAUUUCAUUCAGCCCACAAAGGUGACUCAUUGCUUUGUUCAAUUUCCGAGAAAAUUAAUACGUGAACUCGGCAUAAAUUCUUCGCAACAGGCCUUCUCAUGCACGGUCCAAAAGUUGAUAUGAGUACUUGAGCUGAAACCCACCAGCUACUGCGGAGUAACCGCGUAAUAUUCACAAACCAUCAACAGGCAGCCAGUAGUAUACAACUGUGUGAUUAUUUACCGUACUGACAAUAUAGGUACUAGCUAAAAGCCCAGACACGCGUGUUUCGUCGAUCUUGUGCCGCUGUCUGAAUUAACCGUGAAGAUUCCGGCUCACCAGUGGGUCUCCUAACCUUCUCUGUGUGUUUUCUGGUAGAUGAUCGUCAGGCAGCGGCACAAGGUCGGCGAGGCACGCGUGUCUGGGUCCUUAGCUAGUGCCUGUGUUGUCGUUGGGAUAAAUAAUUACACCAGGGUUGUUCUACAACCUUCCUGAUAUCAUGUUAUUUCGGCACUUUGAUAGGUAAUGCAACUUUCAUUUGGCUCCAGUCCCGUCUUGGUCCUUCUGUCAUGCCAAAAGUUACCACACCCUGACAAAACCUUUACUGAGGGGGGGGGAGGGGUGCCGUAGACCCGUAAUAAACAGCUCAUCACACACUUCUCUGCUCAGGUGUUCCUUCAAGGCGCGACGCCUAGUGACGUCAAUAACUCCCAUGCACUUCUGUUGACAGUGCUCCAGCGCAGACUACGUACUUUUUGUAGGCGUUUUUCGUCGCUUUUUAAUUUCCUCAGAAAAUAACUACAAACUUGGAGCAGAUCAGUUUAUCCAGGGUCUAGAGGCGCGGACCGAGAAUUUUAUGCAUGAAUAUUUGGACCGAAGUCCAUCGGCAGUUAAUGAAUAUUACGCGGUUACCCGCUGUGGCUGAUGGACUUCGGCCCAAAUAUUCAUGCAUAAAAUUCUCGGUCCGCGCCUCUAGACCCUGGAUAAACUGAUCUACUCCAAGUUUAUAUUUGAUUUCUGAGGAAAUUGAAAAGCGACAAUUUCUAAAUUGGAGUAUCUACCCGAAAACACACGGGGAAUGCUGGGGGACCCACUGAUGAGCCGAACCCCUCGCAGCCGCGCGAUGCAGCGUCAGAAUAUCGGCAAAACACGCGUAUAUGGGCUUCUAGUUAGUACCUGUGUUGCUGGUAUGGUAUCAGCUUACCCUAAAAUUUCGAUUGAGUAGUUCAGUCAUAAGGCGCGUACGAUUGCGAAUCAACGUCCGCUUGGUCGCAACCUCGUAUAAGUAGCCUAUUCGUCCGAAGACGGAAGUAGACUUCGGUGAAUUUUUUAUGAGUUUAGGCACAUGCUGUCGAAUGUAAGCCCAAGAAGUUUCGCACAAAUUAAUAUGCAACCCCGGAGUAGCAUAGUGGUGAGAAUUCACGUCGAUUCCGAUCCCGGAGCUAGACUAUCUAAACUGAAUCGCAUCAACUUCAGUGAAGUAGCAAUCUGGAAUGCUUGGCUUCAUUUGCAAGUUCUGUGCAUAAUAAGUAUUUCCAGUAUACAAAAGCUGAAAUCGCUGACAAGUGCUCCACUGAUUUUCCGUUGCCGAGGGUUUGAAUCGAGGACCAGCUCGUGGAUUUUACGGUUACCCUGGAGAUGCCUCAUGGUGUUCAUGAAACGUUGCAACACAGAGCAGUUCGGCCGUCGUUGCUGACGAUGUCCACAGCGUGCUUCAUAGCAGGAUGGGAGCAGGGACGUUGACUUGCGCGUCACUAAGCUUAUAGCGGUUUGAGACCCGCACUGCAUCUACCGCACUCUCUUCUCCUGUCCCACCAGUGUUUUGUGUCUCGAGGAGAUCCGAGGCGGGAGAGGACGCAGCUGGCCGGCACGGCGAAACGCGCACCUGCGCGUACCACCACACCACCUGGCCAAUAACGCACGCUUACUACCAUUGUAACCACCAAUAAAAAAAGGGGAGACGGCUUGGAAUCCAGAUGGGGCUCCGUGAGCCUGAAACGGAUUGUGUCACCACAACCCAAAGUAUUGACAUUUGUUAUGGAUUCGCAUCCCCGAUAACGCCUGCCGGGCUCCGAUCUAGUCUCUCUGUGUUGGUCCAGUACGUCUUCCGCGUGACCCGUUUUUGGGGCAUACAUCGUGAGCAGUUGCAAGAAAUCCUAAGACCAGAUUUUUCACGAAAAAGCUCAGGCGUAACGCCUAAAAUAACAGGAGAGCCUUGAUAAGUUCGGCGAAUAUUCCCAUGUUACAAUUGAAAAGUCAAGUUGGCAAACACGCGUUUUCGGUAACUCUUCAUCAGGCCAAAGCGAUGACAUAGAAGUUUAAAUUAUGCGAAGUUACAGGGCUUGUAAGGGAUUCAGGGACUAUUAACACCCAUCGUUUUCAUGCCAAUCAUGCUACAGCCGAGGCAGUAGCUAUACGGCUAGCCAGUCCAGUGCUAUGCUGUCAGAAGACUCUGACACAGGCGCUCUGUCUUCCGUGGCCAACGCCGACCCCAACGUCGCCCCAACCUCCUGUUGGCAGUGGUGUGUGCACAACUUACCCGAUGUACAAACAUUACUCACAGCCCUUGUCCUCCUCUCCCUCGCCCCCCUUGACCCAAUGACCGUGACACACCGACCACACCAUAGUACGUCUCGUCAUGCGAGUGGCGUGGGAACGAUGAUUGGCAUGGGAACGAUGGGUGUUAAUAGUCCCUAAAUCACUUGAUAAAUUUAGCGUGCUACCUUGUUGACAGCAUAAGUUGGAAAAUAUAUAUUAAAUACGGACAACGGUAUAGAGAAGGACCCCACUUAACCCUCAGUAGACUGUGGAUCGUGCUAUGCGUAAUUUACGGUAAAGUAAGUUUAAUGGGAGGAGGGGGGGCAGCACGCCAGAAAGUAAGCAGACAAAAUGAAAAAAAAACACAAAAAUUGCCUGAAUUUAUGCUGAAAGUCUUGUCAAACGCUAUUGUACGACAACGGAAAUGAGAGUAGUAAUUAACGAUAAACAAAAGUCAAUUUCACUAAAUAACGGAUUACGAGUUAAGGUAUGAGGUCGGAGGGAAGUAAUCAUUGUUGGCAGUGUAGUUUCUGCAACAGCCUGCAAAUGUAUGCCAAAAUAAAACCCCAUAUGACACGGUCCACAGCAGUUAAGUGGGGUGCUUCUCUGUACCGUUGCCCAAAUACGCAAGCAGCGACCAUCGUCAAAAACCUUUUGGACAUACUAUCUGUAGGCUUGGAAUUUAUCGCCUGAAGCAGCUGCGUCAUUUUAUUAGGAAGAAGAAUUGACUGAAAUUGCCGAAAAGUGUAGUAAUUGAGGCGUGGCGCCCAGAUAAGUCCUCGAAAACAUGCUCAGGGAUAAUAGACGUCGGCACGCUUGUGUCCCAUGCGAUUAUAUAAUACUUAACUGACUGGAUUAUAACUCCGUAAACAUCCGAGGUAAUUCUGUUCAUUUUUUGAUCCACUACUAACAGACAGGUCAGUUAGGAUUCUUAAUAAAUGCGGUUAUGUGACGUCAUCGUACUUUGGCAAUUUACUGCUUCCUUUGCAUUCUUUACCUUUAGACAUACAAGGUGGCAGUGGAGUGACCAACAGUAUUUCAGACACUGAAAUAGACGUGAGUUGGGUCGCCGGCUCCAGCAGUGGAUCUGUUAAAGCCAACUACGUGACUGCGCUGCUAUUGGGUGGCGGUGGCGUAGUGGCCAAGGAAACGGUCUCCGGCGCGGCCACGCAGUGCACUUUGCGUGGACUGACACCCGGAAGUUACUACAGCAUCUACGUCCAACCACUCUACUCGGCGGCCACUUCCGGUAGCAAUGAAGAGCUCGGAGAAAAUGUCAGAAUUGGAACUUUCAAAACUUUGGAUGCAAGUGAGUAGGCUUUCUCAUGGAGGGAAGGACACACAAUUAUCUGUUCCGACAGCAAGACGGAAUACGUUGGUUUGAGUAUCAUCACGGAGCUGAGGGUCUGCGGAUGGUUACGUGGCGGCUGACACUAUGCAAGCUGCAUUAGACCGAAGCCAGAUAAGCCCAUUUGUUCGAACAAAUUAACAAUGAAGAAUGCAGUAUUCUGAGUACGACUCAAGUGUCAGCCGCAAUUUACACGACCGUGAACAUUUUUUAUGUAUAGGACGGUAUUGAGACUGCGGCUGUUACCUUUAAGUUGUGCCCUAAGGGGAACAUGGUCUUGACAGGUACAGUAUUAUGCUGCUGGGAACGCAGUGGAUCGGCUGACGGCUGUCAGAUUUCCUGGUCUUCCUUAAUCUUGCUGAAAGCAUGCACAGGUCUGGAUCGAUAGGACGCAAAAAUGUAAUCCACAUUCGCCUUGAGCCGUUAACUGCGAGUGCGCUACUGAUCAUCCAAAGGGCGUCUGCCGCGCUUUUGUUUCAGAUGGCCAGCACUGAUGCGCUUCCCUUGCGAUUGGGCUUGAAAAAGCGUCAACGUCAAGCUGAGUAUUGUAUUAGAGGGCAGAAUAAAAAUUAGCAGGCAGUUAUUCACGCAAAGUUGGUCGAGGUUGGAAACGGCGAUAUGCAUGUCAAGAUGACAGAGGAACUAUAACGCCUUGUGCAUUCUUAAUUAAAAGCAUGAGUACAGGGAGUGACCGAUCUCAUAAAAUGUUAUCCGAAAUGCUUUUCCGAUUAGGAAGGAUUACUUAGGUGGGGUUCUAAUACAUAUUAUCUUGCGGCAUAAUCCUAUAAUUUUUCAGCUCGACAGGGUGUCUGCUUUUGAACGCACUAUUUUUCAAUUUUCUGUAGGAACCGUGCUCGUUAAAAAAUGACUGCUUAAGUAGAGUGUACUUUUCAUAUUGACUUUCGAUGGUUUUAUAAAUUUAACUAUAUUUUAUAAAAACACGAAGAAGAAUAUGCUUCUUUUCACUCGUUUAAUGGAGAAUCACGUAGUUUUUAUAGUUUAUACUCGAAGAAAAUGUAUAAUUAGGUGGUAAAAAGUUUCCAAUCGUGGGAUUUUUAAAACCAUGCAAUGUCCAUUUAUACAGCAUCGUACCUGUAUGUUUACCACUGCUGCUCAUGAAAUGUACAACAUAGUCCGCAUUCACUGCAAAAAUUUAUUGACUCUAUGUGAUGUCUUUUUUAAAGACAAAGAAGAAUAAAUAAUUUUCCUUACGUGGAACGCAUGCACCAUGCAGACAGAAAUCACUGAGCGCUAAUGCAACGGCUGAUCAGGCUCCAAAUUAUCCGCGAGUCAUACCAAUUUUUUAAAACCUUAUUAGACUCCCUCUUCGAGUAAACACAUUUGAAGAGGACGUAAUUCUCUAUCACACGAGUGGAAGAAAGCUUAUUUUUGUUCAUGGUUUCUAUAAACUAUAUUAGACGUUGUAAGACCACCGAAAAUCAAUAUGAAAAGUGCUCGCUACUUACGUAAUAAUUUUUUUACAGAGAACGGUUUCUACAGGAGAUUGAAAAGAAGUGCAUUCAACAGCAGACAUCCUCUCAAGUCCGAAAUAUUAUAGGAUUAUACUGCAAGAAAAUAUGUAAUUAAACCCCACCUAAAUAAUCCUUCCUAAUCCUUUCAUGAGAUCGGUCACUCACUGUAUAGCCCUCUGAUAUACAGUGCGUGACCGAUCUCAUGAAAUAUUAGCCAAGAUUCUGGAAUGCGUUUCCGAUUAGGAAGGAUUGCUUAAGUGGGGUUGUUAUAGUGAUUAUCAAGCAGAAUAAUCCUGUAACAUUUCGGACUCGCUAGGAUGUCCGUUUUUAAAUGCACUUCUUUUUGACCUCCGGCAGAUACCACGCUCGGUAAAAAAUGACUACUUACGUAGCAUGAAUUUUUCCUAUUGGUUUUCGAGGACCUUAUAAACGCAAAUAUGUUUUAUGGGAAACAUGCACAAAAAAUGCUUUCCUUUGCUCAGUUGGUACGAAAUCAGACUGUGUUCAUAUUUUAUGCCCGACGAAAAUGUAUUUUUAAGUUUUAAAAAGUUUUUAAACUAUGAGAUUUUUAAGACCGUGCGAUGUCUAUCCAUGCAAGACCGCACAUGUACGUUUACUUAUGCUCCUCAUGAAAUGUAAAACACAGUCCGGAUCCACUGCGAAAUUGCACAAACGCUAUGUGGUAUCAUCUUAAAGGAAUAGACUAAUAUAUGAUUCUCGUUACACGGAAAGCAUGCACCUUGUAGGCUGAAAUUGUGAAACGCUGAGCCAAUGGCAGAUCAGGGUGAAAAUUAUUCGGGAAUCGGGAAACUUUUUUAAAACCUAAAUAUAUACUAUCUGCGGGCAUAAAAUAUGAAGAUAAUGCGAUUUCCGUUUAAAUGGGCAAAAGAAAGCAUAUUUUAUGCAUGUUUUCUGCAAAACAUAUUUGAAUUUACAAGAUCAUCAAAAAUCAACGGGAAACGUGCAUGCUACUUAAGUAGUCAUUUUUUUCGAGUGUCGUAUCUGCAGGAUAUGCAUUCAAAAUCCGAUAUCCUGGCGAGUCUGAAAUGUUAUGGGGUUAUGCUGCAUGAUAAUCAGUAUAACAACCCCACUUAAGUAAUCCUUCCCAAUCGGAAACGCAUUCCAGAAUUUUGGCUAAUAGUUCAUGAGAUCGGUCACGCACUGUUUGCUAAUUGCGCUUGCGCGCGUCCUUCUAAACAAACAUACACGACGUUUUCUACUUUAGGUAAGUCGCCGGCAACACUGAUAAUUGGGAUCUUCUGCGGCAUUGUGUGCGCUAUCUGUCUGGUCCUCGUGGUCAUGAUAUUGAGGCUGAAGAAGCAACAGAAGGACCAUACUCUGGAUAAGAAUCUCGCUAAUGCUUACGUAAGUCUACUUUUUAAAUAACACGCAACUGGCAUUACUAUACUACUAUUUCCAGAACAAAAACCAGGAUAAACUUCCUGUAUGUUUUUGCAUAUCCGUUCGGACUAGAAGGUAACGAUUCCGUACUCAAAGCGGACAGUCUAUUUCAGACAAACUUAACCUGCAGAAACUGCGCACAAUAGGCUAAUUUCGGAAAAGCAACCACUCCUCAAGGCUGCGGACUACGUAAAUGCAGAAAAAUAUAUGACUUAAUUUAGAGUCCAACUGCCGACCUACUUAAUUCCGUAUGCUGUUGUGUCACCUCAAUUCCCGACGACCGCCGUCUGAAAGCUGGUGAUUUGAACGCGUUUCGUGAUUGAAUGAGUGUGCCUAGUCGUUUGAAUGCACAUAUUUAAUGGCCGCGAUUUCAUAACCGGUGACAACGAUCGGCUAAAUAUUUACUCGGAAAUCUGGCUUAUUAUUUUUUAUCAUCGGAAGCAAUGCUCACCCGCUCGCUGCCCGAGCGGCUAGUUAUCCUGCAUAGCCAAAUCUGAGCGCCAGAUAGGUGUAAUGGCAACGAUGCGAUUACCACACCUAACGAGAAUGUUAGUCUUGUCAAAGUAGAAUGUGUGAUUGUGUUGCACAGAAUGAGCCGCAAAUGAAGAGUGGACGUUAUCCUCUCAAACAUACAGUACCUGUGCUAACUCAUGAAAUGUCACGAAUUAACACAGGUUAACGCAUUUAACGCAAAAUCGGUAAACACUACGGCUCCCAAAGUCUGAUAGCGGAAAAUAAACGAUGUGCCAAAGAAAUAAAGCAAAGUUUGGUUUAGAUAAUAUUAUUUACUGAGGUAAAACAAAUAAUUUUCGACAAAAGUCACAUUUUCGAGAAGCGCCUAUAUUACAACCAAGUUAAUAAAGGCUACCUAUGAGGACGUAUAAAGGAGGAUGGCGCAUAAAAGGUCAAAAAUAAUUAAGGACAGAAACAGAUACAAAAAAUUAGUACUUUGUAGAUUGUCCAUUCGAAUUAAUAACAGCAGAAAGUCUGUCCGACAUAGACAUGACAAGGUUAUCUAUGGUGGAUUGAAAAAUGUAAUUAUUGAGUAUGAAAUCCAAUUUUUCCUGCAUUGAAAGAGUCUUCUUAGCUUUGUGCCAAUUUCUUUUGACUAUUCCAAAAAGAUUUUCGAUUGGAUUAAGGUCGGGACUGUUGGCCGGGAUGAAAAUGGAUUGGAGGCCAAUUGCGGAGAGCGUGGUUGUUGUCUAAAAUGUUAGAUUAUGUUUGCAAGCGGCAUCAAAUUCGUACCCCUUUAGAGCGGUGGACAGGUGCAUUGUCCUGCAAAAUUACAGUAUCCAUUCGGCGCCGACUUAUGCCGUUGUAGCCGAAAGCAUCCUUGACAAUUGCAAUGAACACCUUGCUGUUGAUGGUGUCGGAUGUUGACCGCCAGACAGGCCGCUCACCGAAUUUAAUCGCCAUCCAAACCAUCAUCCGCCGACAGUUCUUGAAUGUUGCCGUCGGUGUAGUAUGUUCGUCCUUAUUUCAACCAAAUAAACACAAAUAACGACACCAAAAAUACACUACAUUGUCCACUAUAAUUUUGACCUCGGCAUUUCAUGAGUUAGCACAGGUACUGUAUACAUCUCAUGUGCGUCCGCCAUCUUCGCAAAUUGCUGUCUUUGAUAUGGGGUCAAAAAUACACCCGAAAAUUCAGAACAAAUAAAGUGUCGUCUCGGCCAUUGGAUCUCCUUCUCAACUACUUCCUAGAAGCCGCCACUUCCAGUGUUGUUCUUUUUCAGCAAAUAAUACACCGCUUUUGACGACUUAUACUUCGACUGCGGCUACGAUCUUACCGAAUCUGGAGGAAAGCGAAACUUAUGUCCACCAUGAGAAAUGCUGGAAAAAGUAAUUAGGAUUUGACCAAACAUAAGGCCUCAAAGUUUCGAGAACCUUUUGAAGUUUGAGAGACCAAUGUGAUGCCUGGGUUCCAUAGUGUAAAAUUAAGCCAACUUUCUCGUUCGCCAUGGAAGGCGCAUUGGACAGCAAUCCUUUUCUGCCCGAGUGAAUUCGGUGGCAUAUUAAACUAGCGAAAACAGAUAAUCAGACAAGCCUCGCAUGGUGAGUGGCCCUCACAAAAUCAGUUAACCACAUGUACUUAAACUCUGAGUCUCACUAGAGGCGCAGGCAAUAUAAAUAUGACUGAAUGACAACUCGCCCGUACUCGCUUUAUUCAGAAUUCAUCUGUGAAGGCCCUAACAUCCUAUGUAAACAAAACUGAUGUACACAAAACGUUCAUAAUAGUAUUCUACCGUGCUCCUCCCCCUCCUCCCUCACUUUAGGACUCAGAAUGCGCCAAGGAUAUGUCAUCGACAUAUUCGGAGCCAGCCGUUAGAGCGGUUCCCCCGGCAAGUAGAUCCCGGGCCCCAGUCAGUUAAACUGCAAAAUGUUCGGUAGGUUGCAUUACCUUCCGCCUCUAUUUCACUCUAUCUGAUGCUUCAAAGGUCCACUUUGUAAUUCAAAUGCACGCCUGCAUACAACAUGCUGAAAUGUCGACAUCAGAUUUGAAAACCGUUUCUUUUCGGAUAACUGAAGGACUAAAGCAUGGUUGAGGAGCCGAUGAAACGGAGACACAGCCUGUGGAGUGAUAACCUCUUCUACACCACAUACUUUUAUUUCGCCCUUCUGAACUCCUGUUCCCACACUCGGGCGGCAGUUUUAACUGGUUAUAAUUGUGGGGCAUCCUGGGUUCAGACUGUCAUCAGCAGAUCGUUGCCAAUAGGCCAGAAACGACCAACCAACUGUCACUGACCUUGGUUGCCGACACUUCUGGAAGAUCGAGUAGCCGAUUGACCGUCGCCAAUUUAUUUAGCUAACAGAAAACCCGCAUUUCAGCUGUCACCUAUAUCAUACCCGUUAAGACCACACCCAGAUAAACGAAACCCCUUGAUCUUAGUCUUCUGGACAUAGCUCACUAGGUGAGCUUUGACAUUGAAAUACGGUGAGUGCCGGUUAAGCGGUCCACAUUGAGCCAAAGUGUUUUGGAUCUACUAACUUACUGACCCACAUAAACUGAGUCACAAAGGGGCAGCAUUCAGUAAGGGCUUCAAGAACGUCCGCAUGCGAACAUUUUCCCACGAGUUUUUGCGACGCUCCUUGACAUACCACGAGCUUACUCAGAGAUUGUCCUGGGACCAUAUCAUAUAUGUGGUUGUGGAAUAUAACGUACCCGCUGUUUGAGCUAGUUACCGGGAUCCAGGGUUCCGCCGGUCCAAACUUGCUACCCAGUGUAAAAUAUUUCACUCGAAUCUUGAUUUUGCAGAAUGCAAACUAAUGCCCUCCGUGAACUGAAUUGCAUUGACGUGGCUAUGAGGGACAAACAGCCCUAGUCAGUCCACUAACUUGGUGCGGCGGUUAAUUGGUAAAUGUGUAACCGAUGGAGUACGGUUUUGCCUAGCCCAUUCAAUUCCAUCCAGAAGAAGAGAGUUCCUUACUGACGUGACUUUCAUGAAGCCGUAAGAGGCUACUAAAACGUAAGGCGUGCGACUGAAUAUAUGCACCGGAUGAAAUCUUUCCGUGGUGGUUGCAGUGACCAUUGGCCCUGAUCUGAUUGUGCUUAAACUACGGCUCAAGGAACGGUAUGAAUUCUAGACACUUUUCGAGAAUUCAGCCGUUUCCCUAAAUGCUCCAAAUAUGGCGGGCUGCAUCUCAGAGACAGGAGCAGUCACCGCUAAUAAUUGUGCAUAAUACAGGUAAAUUGACGUAGAACUUUGUUUACAUUUGCGAGACAGAGAUAAGGCAGCGGGCACCACACGCCCUCUGUGUAAACGAGGUUUUCCAUUUAAUCAGAAAAGUGAUAUUGAUCACCAUAAUUUCCCUCCAGAAGAGCACGAUUAGGAUCGCGCAAUAACACACGUCACAAAUGGGUCACUAGGAUCAAUAACCGUAGACUGUGUCUUCUCAAACCAUCCAGGGGUGGGAGGAUGCAAUAGUGGGAGAGAGCCAACUUUAAAAAAAUCAGAAAAGCAAAAGAUUUCCUCAACUUUGCCAGUGAGUGGGUAGGAAGGCGUUUGUUUCACAGUGCCCAAUGUUUUGACAAAUCCGUCACUUCGAGAUAUUGAGAGCAACAGUAAGCAGUUCGCACCUGCCAGGCAAAAUGAAAAACCAGUUCUGAGGUAUCCAACCGCCCUAAAUGCAGAUGAGAUGUCUGCUUUUUGGAGACAUUGUAGAAACUCGUUUCGUAACACGGGCAGUAAAAUGGCAAACACCACUAACACCCAAACACAAGUGGGUAGGCGAAACGGGUAAUGUUUUGAUUUCGGUAACAGAUAACGGUAUAAAUUAUAAGUCUAAAUUACAUAACGGAGUUAUGUGUUUCCUUAUAACAGGUAGUGCUGGACACUGUGAUUAUGCGUAAGUAAAGAAUAAGCAUUAAUCAAAGAACGAAAGAAUGACGGAGAUAAAGGCAAAUUAUUUUGCAUAUUUGCACGCGGUUUUUUAAAAAUCGAGAAAAUAUAAUUAUGUAGUUUGCUUAGAAAAGACAUUCACAUUUUGGCGGUUAUAUGCGCGCAGUAAAAUACGACAGAAAGCGUGUAAAAGAAAGUUACAGUUGUCUGUACGGGACAAAGGGUGUAUGAAUCAGUAGAAUAUACUUUAAGUGGAAAAGACGAACAAUUUUGCAAAAGAAGACAUGCAUCUGGACAGGGGGCAUCUGUGUUCAUCAUUUCAGUUAAACGGACCUUGUGUGCAAUAUCUGCGUGGAUUGAGUAAAAAGAAACCAACCGGUACAUUCAAAGAAGCUUUUAUUUUCCCAUAAAGUUUAAGUCCCACCGAAGGAAUAAUUUGUCUUUUUUAUAAUUUUCAGCACCAAUUCCACAGGCUACACCCAGAACGCAGAUAGUUUACCUUCCAGACGAAUUCAUCCCCUCGGUAGCUUACUGGUCUGCUUUGGACAAAUAA